CGAUUUAUAAAUCCACCAACAACUCUACCCUCUACGUCGCCUCGAUGUUGACCUGCUUCCUGAGCUCGAGUUCGAUCAACCAAACGUUUUUGUACUUCAUUUUAAAUCCGCGAUCUGUUUACUUCUGCGUUAAUCGUUUCUAACACUGAACUCUCACAACGUAAGAAUGUGGUAAAUAUAAUGAAUAUUUCAACGUAUUCUCGAAGGUUUGAAGCGACAGGUCAGACGCUUGUUGAAAAACUCAGGCUGACAUUUUAUCUACAAUAAACAAACCCCAAGACAUAGUUCAUCCUGGUCCACUCUACAAUUAUCACACGUUAUGUAAGAUCUGGUAAAAUUCUUCGACUCUCAGUACUUUCGUUUUACCUUACCGUGUAUAGUGAGAAACACAACACAUCCGUUACUUACUGUCGUACUGGACAUCGAUCUUGUAAUUCACGGAACUCUUAUAACAGAAAAUGGAUUUCAAGAAUAAAGUUGCGAUGAUUACUGGCGGUGCCAAUGGAAUCGGUUUCGAAUGUGUCAAGGAACUUUUGAGGAGCGGAGUUGAACAUGUCGCCAUUUUGGAUUUGAGAACGUCCCGAGGUGUGGAAUCGGCGGAUAAAUUGAACGCUGAAUUUGGCAAAGGGCGAACAAUGUUCAUCGUCUGUGACGUUACGAAAACUGACGACUUCGAGGUGGCGUUCAGCAAGACUAUCGUAGAAUUUGGUAGACUCGACAUAGUGAUCAACAACGCUGGUAUACUGAAAGAAACAAAAUGGGAAUUGAUGAUCGACAUAAAUUUCAUGGGCGUGGUAAGGGGGACCAUGCUGGGUCUGCGGCACAUGGGGAAGAACACGGGUGGAAUUGGUGGCGUCAUCGUCAAUAUUGCAUCUAUCUUUGGACUCGAUCCUGUCGCUUGGUUUCCGGUUUACGACGCGACUAAACAUGCCGUUAUUGGUCUGAGUCGAUCAUUCGGGUUGCCAUACCACUACGAGAAAACGGGUGUAAGAGUUUUGACGAUGUGUCCGGGAGUCACUGAAACAUCAUUGGUCGCUAAUAUUUCCAAGUCAGUGGGAGAAUUCGGGGAUGCAAAAUCGGCCGAAGAGGAUAUGUUGCAGUAUUCAAAGCAAAAUCCGGAGGUCGUGGCAAAAGCCACGAUGGAAAUCAUUCAAAAAGGAACACCCGGCAGCGUCUGGUUAUCGGAAGGCGAAGAACCUGUUUGUAACAUUAUCAUCCCUGAUCGCUUGACCCUGGUAGCCUUCUCGAGGGCACAGGAAUACACACAAGUGGUUAACAAUAAAAAUUUGAAGACAGUCCUAAAAUGGUUUAUAGGCUGCGUUGUUGAAAGAACGCGUCGAAUCGACAUCAUAUAUUGUUCAAAAAUGAAUUUGAAGGACAAAGUAGCUUUGGUGACCGGAUCAGCGCGUGGAACUGGAUUUGCUCACGCUAUGGAACUCUUGCGAAAUGGAGUUAAACAUGUUGCUAUGUUGGAUUUGGCAACUUCACCAGGCACGGAAUCGGCAAAUAAAUUGAACAUGGAAUUUGGUCAAGGACGUGCAAUAUUCGUUAUUUGUGACGUCACGAAGGCUGACGAAUUCGAAGCCGCUUUCACUAAAACUGUCAAGGAAUUUGGCGGAAUUGAUAUCGUGAUUAACAACGCCGGAAUACUGAAUGAAUCAAACUGGAAAUUGAUGAUAAACGUCGAUCUGAACGCCGUCGUCCAGGGAACGAUGCUUGGCAUGAAGUACAUGGGAAAGAACAGCGGUGGUAAGGGUGGCGUUAUAAUCAACAUUUCUUCUGCAGCUGGUAUCGAUCCCUCAGCUUGGUACCCGGUUUAUGUUGCGGCUAAACACGGUGUAAUUGGGCUGACCAGAUCUUUCGGAUUACCGUAUCACCACGAGAAGACUGGUGUCAGAAUAAUGGCGUUAUGUCCUGGAGUAGUGACAGAUACUGCGAUGGGAGAAGACGGUGGUCAUGAUCUCGGUCCCUUCGUGGAUUACGAACUGGCUCUGAAGGAUAUCAGGACUCAGUCAAUCCAAAAGCCAGAAGUAGUUGCAAAGGCUUUGGUGGAAAUCAUCCAACAAGGACGAAGUGGUAGCGUUUGGUUAUCGGAGGGUGAAGAAUCAGUUACCGAAGUUUUCAUCCCCGAUCGAUUCACCCUGAUAGCAUCUUCCAGGAAACAGCAUUAUAGUGAUAUUUGAAGACGGAUAAGUCUGGAUAUCUUGUUUGAAUUCUUCUUCGCCUUGUCAACUGAAAAGGCACCUUUAAAUUGAUGAUUAAGCCAAAUGCUUUACAGAAUCAAAAUAUCUCAAAGAAUUGAAAGAUG